AUGGAGGACGGUCCACAGACGGCCACGCCGACGUGGCGGUUGGGUGCGGACGACAGGGCGCGGAUCAGGGCCGGCAGGUCGGCCUGGCCACGGCGGCACUGGACGUCGAGCGUGGCGGCGGAUGCCGUGGCCGAUGCAGUGGCAGAGCCGGCGGCAGACGAGGCCGAGCGCACCUUUCUCGUCACUGCCCGACGCCGCGUCGUCGUGGUCGUGGACACUAUCUGGGGUGGUAUCGGGCACCGUUUGGGCUGCCUCGCCCGUGGCAUGCAGCAGCACCGCGACGCCCGACAGACCGCCGUCGUAGUUUCGGCCAAUGGCCCGCAGCGCGUCGACAAACCACGUGCGCAGCGCCGGGUCGCGGCUGGACACGACGGCCAGCAGCGUCUGCGCGCGCGGCGCCCGCUGUUGUUGCCGCUGCUGCUGCCGUCGCACGACCCAGUCUUGGACCAGGCCCAGCGCAAACCCGGCGCCGGCGCCACCGGCCACCACGAGCGUCUCGUCAAAGCCCUCGUCCCAGCGGUGGGGGACGCCGCCGUAGGGGCCCUCGAUGAACAACGGGACCGACCGGCCCGGGCGCUGGCGGGCCAUGGCGGCGAGCCGGCCGGUCAGGCCGCCACGGGGCCGGACGUAGAAGACGGCGUCGCCGUGGCCCGCGACGGAGCAGAUGGUAAAGGGGUGCGUCGUCAGGGCGUGGAGGACGCCGCCGCCCGACACAAAGCGGAGGUACAGGUGCUGGCCGGGCCGCCAGACGAGGGCGGACGCGGACGUGGACGCGUCGGGGGUGGUGACGGCGAUCCGGAGGGUGUGCGGCGAGACGGCGUCGAGGGCGGCGGUGCGCAGGCCGUGGGCCAGGUAGGUGCGGGCGACGGCCCAGAGCAGCGAGGCCAGGUAGAGGGCGACGGCGGCGAUGAUGUAGUCCCAGGAGGUCAGGGUGUAGUCGCAGUGGAGGAAGAGAAAGACGAGAAAGACGAGGACGAGCGCAAAGUGCAGGCCCUUGAAGACCUCGUAGGCGCGGUGCCGGACCAGCGGCAGCGACAGGAACGUCAGGCCCGCCUGCGCCAGGAGCGCGACCACGCCCGUCAGCCACUGGGCGCUGCUGUUCCAGUCGGCCUCGAGGGCGCCCGGCACGGUGGCGUUGUAGACGAUGAACGGAAACGUGUGCAGCAGCGCCAGCACAAACAUGCCCCAGGCGGCCAUGAGGUGGAAGACGACGAGCUUCUCGGGGGCGACGCCGGUCGCGGCCGUCACCAGGUUGGCCUUGCUGCCAAAGACCAGGAUGAAGGGCAGGCAGCCCAUGGCCAGGUAGCCCGAGCGCGUGGCCAGCGGCGGCGAGUCGCCGUAGUGGGCGUCGGCGCUGUUGGGCCAGUAGUAGGGCUGCGGGCCGAGCGUGCAGCCGGCGAAGAACGCAGCGCCGGCGGCCCCCAGCAGGCAGACGCCGACCGACGGGCUGUUCCACUGCAAGACGGUAAGGCGCGCGGCGUUGGGGUAGGCCAGCGACCGCACGGCGGCGAGGACGCGCAGCCAGGGCCGGCGGCGGCGGACGGACGGCGGCAGGAGGCGGCUGAGCAGGUGGCCCAGGAUGAAGACGGCAAUGGUGGCCACAAAGAAGUAGACGGCGGCGCGGCCGUAGACGAGGUCGGCAAUGUACCAGUUGACCCAGCGGCGGGAUUUAUUGCGGCCUCUUACGGCAAUCGUCUCGAAUGCGAUCCUGCAACAGACGGCGAAUAA